UUGCAAACCCAAAAGAACUUGACUUGCUGCUCAAGAUCCUGCAACGUAUAUCACCCCCACCAAAGCAAAGCACCCUGUCUCUCUCUCCCUCAGCUUCUCAGACCAAAGAGCAAGAAGCGACCGCCUCAGAUCCGGUUCGGAGCCAUCGAAGGAAGGGGAAUGGAGUGCGUGUUCGGGUUGGUCGGCGACGGAUUCGCCGUCCUGGCCGCCGACACCUCGGCGGUCAACAGCAUCUUGGUCCACAAGUCCAACGAGGACAAGAUCAUGGUCCUCGAUUCCCACAAGCUCGUCGCCGCCAGCGGCGAGCCCGGCGACAGAGUCCAGUUCACGGAGUAUAUACAGAAGAACGUGGCGUUGUAUCAGUUCAGGAAUGGGAUUCCUUUGACGACCCCCGCCGCUGCCAACUUCAUGCGAAGCGAGCUCGCCACUGCUCUGAGGAAGAAUCCAUAUUCUGUGAACAUUCUUCUGGCUGGUUACGACAAGGAGACAGGCCCUUCGCUCUACUUCAUCGACUACAUCGCCACCCUCCACAAGGUAGAUAAGGGCGCGUUUGGUUACGGAUCCUACUUCUCCCUUUCCAUAAUGGACAGACUUUACCGCAGCGGCAUGUCGCUCGAAGAAGCCAUAGAUCUGGUCGACAAGUGCAUCAUGGAGAUCAGAUCCCGGUUGGUUGUGGCGCCUCCGAAUUUUGUGAUCAAGAUUGUUGACAAGGAUGGUGCGCGAGAGUAUGCUUGGCGCGAGUCUCUCAAGGAUGCCCCCGGGGCAUCUGCUUGAGAUCAACUGCUGUUUUCAAGUCCUUUUUCUGUUGAUUAGAAAACAGUUCCAUGUGGAACUGUAAAUUGUAUGGAUAUGAAUCUGCCAGAAUCAUGAUAUUUACAUCCCUCAGUUUUUAUCUGUGGAUUGCCAUC